ACGACGGCGCGCAGAUUGAUAACAAGAUUUUUCAACUGCUUUAAUUUCUCCUUAAAAACGAUGGAUUAUGAAUUCAAACUAAAGCUUAACGAACUCAGAGAACGAGUAGAAGACAUUUUCGAGUUUGACGGCUGUAAAGUCGGCCGAGGAACGUAUGGACACGUUUACAAAGCGAAGCAUAAAGACAGUGGAAGUGGUAAUGGCAGAGAAUAUGCUCUUAAGCAGAUCGAGGGGACGGGAAUAUCUAUGUCAGCAUGUAGAGAAAUUGCGUUGUUACGAGAGUUAAAGCACCCCAAUGUUAUUUCACUACAAAGAGUAUUCCUUUCACAUGCCGACAGAAAAGUUUGGUUAUUGUUUGACUUUGCUGAACAUGAUUUAUGGCACAUCAUCAAAUUCCAUAGAGCAUCCAAAGCCCAGAAAAAGACAGUUCCUGUCCCCAAAAGCAUGUUUAAGUCACUCUUAUAUCAAAUUCUAGAUGGUAUUCAUUAUUUACACUCCAACUGGGUUCUUCACAGAGAUCUGAAACCAGCAAACAUUCUAGUAAUGGGAGAGGGGAAUGAAAGAGGAAGAGUAAAAAUAGCUGACAUGGGAUUUGCUCGUCUAUUCAAUUCACCUCUGAAGCCCUUAGCAGACUUGGACCCUGUCGUAGUAACAUUUUGGUACAGAGCACCAGAACUACUUUUAGGAGCUAGACAUUACACAAAAGCAAUAGAUAUCUGGGCCAUAGGCUGCAUAUUUGCUGAGCUCUUGACCUGUGAGCCAAUAUUUCAUUGUCGUCAAGAGGACAUCAAAACAAGUAAUCCAUAUCACCACGAUCAGUUGGACCGCAUCUUCGGUGUCAUGGGAUACCCACAAGAAAAAGAUUGGGAAGACAUCAAGAAGAUGCCAGAACAUUCAACAUUACUAAAAGACUUUAGAAAAUCAAACUAUGCAAGUGCAAGCCUUUGGAAGUACAUGGAAAAGCAUAAAGUAAAACAAGACAGCAAGGCUUUUCAAUUAUUAUCUAGGUUAUUAGUAAUGGACCCAAAUAAGAGAAUCACUUCAGAACAAGCCUUACAGGACCCUUACUUCAAAGAAGAUCCUUUACCAACCCAAGAUUGCUUUGUCGGAAGUCCAAUUCCUUAUCCAAAGAGAGAGUUUCUCAAUGAUGAUGACAACGACAGUAAAUCCAAUGCUUCUAAGAAUAAUCAAGGGAAGCAAGAUAACUCAGACACCAAUGGCCAACCCAACUCCAAACGCAUGCGUGGACUGUCAGUCCAUCAACCAGACCAGUUCCAGAAACAACAACAGCAAAAACAGCAGCAGCAGCAACAACAGCAGCAGCAGCAACAACAACAACAGCAACAGUCGUAUGCCUUCCAGAAUCAGACCAACCAGCCGCAACAGCUUCAGUUUAUGUUUGGUAAUAACGGAGGAAACGCACAAAGUUAUUCCAAUCAACAAGGAAGAUUUUGAUCCUUAACUCACACACAGACGAUUAGAUUCACUAUUUUCCAUACAUUGGUACACUGGCCAAACACAAAGCGCUCAAGAGAGGCGCCAAGGUACUUUCAAAGGAUAAUUCCAAUUCGAACCUUGCAACCUCGACUGAAUGCUUUGUGUUUGAGCAGUGAACCGAUGUAUGGAAAAUGUUGAAUUCACUCUUUCUACCUUGAGUGUAAUGAUUUCCCAUUUCAGACC